GGUUUAAUUUUAUUAUAUAACCUCAAACUACACUAACCACACAUAGGUCUAAUAAGGGUCUAAUAAGUAAUGUGGAAAGACAAGUAAAUCAAUAAUAUUUUUUUCCAUUUGUAUAAAAAUUAUGAAUUACAAGUGUUAUGCAGGUUUUAUAAGUUUUAACAGUUAUCCGAGUUCAAUAAUCUAGUGAAUAUCACAAAAUGUUGCUUCGGUGUUCCAAUAGGACGUUGAAUGGAUAUUUUAAGCAAGUUUUUGCUAGAAAAUGUUCAUUUCAAUCAGAUUAUGAUGUGAUUGUUGUUGGCGGGGGCCAUGCAGGCUGUGAAGCUUGCUGUGCGGCUUCCAGAAUGAACUCUAAAACACUUUUGAUCACUCAUAAAAAAGAAUCUAUAGGUGAAAUGUCAUGCAAUCCUUCUUUUGGCGGAAUCGGUAAAGGUCAUCUAAUACGUGAGAUUGAUGCGCUAGAUGGGGUCUGUGCUAGAAUCUGUGAUAAAUCUGGAAUUCAGUAUAAGGUGUUAAACAAACGCAAAGGACCCGCCGUCUGGGGUCUAAGGGCACAAAUCGAUAGAGCCCUCUACAAACAACACAUGCAGAGUGAAAUAUUGGAUAAGACGCCCAAUUUGGAUGUAAUUGCAGCUUCCGUCGAAGACCUUAUCACAGUUGAGCAUCAUGCUAAUGAUAGGAACGAAACCAAUGCAUUGAGGAGGUGUGUUGGAGUAGUACUCAGAGAUGGAAGGGAGAUCAGGUCGAAAUGUGUGAUUCUGACGACGGGGACGUUCCUGAGGGGGCAGAUCAACAUAGGCCUCGAAGUGAGGCCGGCGGGCAGAAUAGGCGACGAACCUGCCAUAGGACUUGCCAACACCCUCCAACGAUUGCAAUUCAAAAUGGGCCGGCUCAAGACAGGGACUCCACCCAGACUGGAUGGAACCAGUAUUGACUACAGCAAAUGUCGGCCUAUGCCGGGGGAUGAAGUGCCAAUUCCUUUCUCGUUCCUCAAUCAUUCGGUUUGGAUCAAGUCCGAAGACCAGUUGGCCUGCUAUAUGACUCACACAUCACCGGCGGUGCAAGAUGUGGUCAUGCAGAACUUGCAUGUCAACCGACAUGUGAGUGAAGAAGUGACUGGUCCUCGGUACUGUCCUUCCAUUGAAUCCAAAGUUAUCAGGUUCAAAAACCGUUCUCAUCAGGUGUGGCUAGAACCGGAAGGUUUAGAUACAGACAUAGUCUAUCCGAAUGGUCUUUCAUGUACGCUGCCUGAGGAGCUGCAAGCUAAACUAGUUCAUUCCAUUCCUGGAUUAGAGAAAGCUAAGCUUGUAAGACCUGGUUACGGAGUGGAAUACGACUACGUAGAUCCGCGAGAGCUGGUGCCCUCGUUGGAAACAAAGAAGAUAGAGGGCCUGUUCUUCGCCGGCCAGAUAAACGGCACAACCGGCUACGAGGAGGCGGCCGCCCAGGGAUUAAUUGCUGGCGUCAAUGCUGCUGCCAAGGCUCAAAACAAGAGUGCGUUGCGUAUUGACAGAACAGAAGGCUACAUCGGGGUGCUGAUUGACGAUCUGACAACUCACGGCACUAAUGAGCCCUAUCGCAUGUUCACAAGUCGAGCCGAGUUUAGGCUGAUGCUCAGGCCUGACAAUGCCGAUACCAGGCUCACCAAAAAAGGACAUGAAAUGGGAUGUGUGUCAGAUGGUAGACUGUCGGUGACAACUGAAAUGGAUAACAAAUUGAAAGCAGCCAUCGAGACAUGCAGGUCGUUGAAAAUGUCGCUCAGCAAAUGGAGUGCACUCCUUCCCAGUGUCCCAUUCUCCAAAGCACCGGGAAACAAGAGCGUAUACGAAAUACUGGGCUCUUCCAAUACGAGCAAUUUUGCAAUGAAAAUGCUGGCGGAAAAGUUUCCAGAAACGUUUCGGGAAAUUUAUGAGGAUGGUAGUCUGUGCGAGAGAGUGCACAUCGAGGCGCUGUACGCCUCCAACAUCGAACAGCAGAUGAGGGAUGUGGCCCAAGUUAGGAGAGAUGAGGCCCUCUCCAUCCCUGCCGACAUUGACUAUGCGUCGAAACAACUGUCCUUAUCUCUUGAAGACAGAGAAAAACUUCUGGCUGUACAACCUCAAACCAUAGCUGCAGCCACGAGGGUUCCAGGCAUCACCCCAUCCGCCAUCCUCUAUCUUUUACAUUACGUCAAGUAUCAUGCUAACAGUUCCUUAAAAAUGAACCAAUAAAUUACACUGAUAUAUGUUGAAGCGACUUAGACUGUAAUGAUUAUGUGAUAUUGUAUAUUAAAAAAUUGUUAUUUCAGUUUG